AUGGCAGCUACAAACGACAUUCUUCUGUCGCGACAAGACCAGCCGACGUCACUGGGCCCUUACCUGCUUGGACGCUCUUACUUCUCCUCUUCGCGCCUAAAUUUGUCUCACUUCCUUUGGAAGCAAGUUCUCGGCUUCAACAUACACCCUCACAUUCCCACAUCCGGCUUCAAACGUAUCAUCGACGUUGCAACCGGCACUGGCAUCUGGCCGUUGGAUGUCGCGUCCGAAUACGCAGACUGUGAAGUGGACGGCUGCGAUAUCUCCCUGGAACAAUGCUCGCCAAAAGAAUUCAUGCCACGCAUUCGCAAGCUGGGGGUUUGGGACCUAUUUGAGGAGCCUCCAGAAGAGAUGCGCGGAAGAUACGACGUGGUGCAUGUACGAUUGGUGGUCUUUGUCGUGCGCAACAACAACCCACGGCCACUCAUUGCAAACAUGAUGAAGCUGUUGAAACCGGGUGGUUGGCUCCAGUGGGAUGAGCUCGACCUUUCGGGUUCCCAUCUAGAGACAGUCUCCGGCAAGGACAUGGAGGCUCCCACGGCUUCUGCAGCUCUAAAGCGCGUACAAGGCGUCGGUGUGAACCAUUGGGCUUCGAACCUUGCAGCGAUCCUGGAAGAGGAGGGCCUCGAGAACGCGCACAAGGAUGUUUACAUUAUACCACCGCCGUGGGUGAAGAUCUUCUCCGAUACGCAUCUCAUGGUGGAAGAAGAGAUGAGCCUUCGGAUGCCCGAGGAGAAGAAGCAGGCCAAGCAGAGAGAGAUUGCGGCGAUCAGUGAAGAGUCAAAACAGGGCACAAUCAUCUCAACGCCUUUGAUGGUCACAGUGGCAAGAAAGCCGUUGACGCCGAAUUAG